AUGGCUCAUAGUUUCGGAGAAGGCAACCAACCGGCUCUGGGCCACGUUCCGCAGUACAAUGAAAUGGGCAUGUUUCCUCAAUACAUGCCUCCUACUUCCCAGCAACCCGGCCUUUAUGACGUACGGCCACAAAUGCCUGUUCCGCAACAUUCUUACCCGCAAUCGCAUCUAUAUGCACCUCAACCUUCGGAGCUAGAGAAUGUGGAGAGCGAAGCCUAUGCGGACAAUGACCAAUCCACUGCCGAAAAUCUCAGUGAAGUCCUAGGAGAACUGAAGAUAGACGAGACGGGAAUAGCGCCGUAUAUCCGACAACAGAGAAAAGAACGAGCUGAACCGGAACUCUCGUCGCAAGACGAAGACGAAGUCCUACCUCCCCUAAGUACGGGAGCAGGGUCGAGUAUUCGCAUACCUCCAGAGUUGAUGCCAUCCGAUGAUGAAGUCAUGAAUUACUUCAAAAUUUACUUCAACGAUAUUCACCCCUACGUUCCUGUAGUGCAUCGAUCUCAACUGUACUACCAGUGGCAGCACGAGCGACAUCUGAUUUCUCCGUUUCUUCUCGAGGCAUUAUUUGCGUGUGCGGGGAGGUUAUCGGAUGACCCUGCCCAAGGAGCGCAGUGGUUGGCAAUGGCGAACAGGCACGAAUCGAGCUUCAUGGAUGUUCCACGUCUAAGUACAAUUCAGGCUCUGUUGCUGCUAUUGAAAGCACGAGAGUCGCUGCCAAAGAAAGGCUAUUAUUACCGCUCUUGGCAGACCGUCAAAACAAUCGUCUCGAUGUCCAAGGACUUGGAGAUUCACGACCACUACGCCACACAUGCUGAUAACAAGCCCUGCGAUUUGAGCCCGAUAGAAUGCUUAGUGCAAACGAGGGUCUGGCAAGCCCUUUUGAUCGUUGAAGUAAUGAUUGGUGCACCACAAGGCCGAUCGGACUAUGGAGUAGACUUGGACACAGUAAAUAUGAAUCCAGCAUUGGGCAUCAAAGGACUCGAUCAAUUCGAAAUUGAUCGAUCGAGGCAAUACGCCUACUUCGUCCAGAACGCUCGGAACAUUCGCAUCAUCACCGACAUCUACCACAAGAUCAAGAAACAAAAAGACUGGGGUGCCAACCCCAAGUUUGUUGAGAAGAGCAGCAUGUUCACCGAAUGGCUCCAAAGUCUGCCUCCAGACCUACAAGUCAACUAUCCUCCAGAUGGGUCGCCUCCUUGGAUCCCGUCUCACUUUGUUGGAAACAUGCAUUCGCAUUGUCAUCUGGGCAUUCUAUUACUUCAUCGGCCUCAGCUACUCGCGUCCAAAUCUUUUGCUGCGGGCGGAGGCUGGAAAAUCCACAUGACAUUAUGCUACUCCUCGGCGAAGUGCCUCUGCAGGCUUCAAGAAGCUAUUUUGGACCGUUUUGGGCUCCCAGGCCUGCUUUUUAUGCUAAGAGGCAUUAAUUUUGCCAUUUACUGCAUCCUGACAUGUACGAUGCUGCAUCUGAUUGCCAUAACCUCUCCUGACCCUAAUUUCCACACGGAUGCUCGAGAUUAUUUUACUCGACACAUGCGCAUCCUGGAACGAUGCUCUGAGGCUUGGCCUAUGCCGGAAAUCCAGGCCCAGAUCGACUCGUUGCGACUGGCAUUCUCUGCCGAUAUCAAUCGCCCUUUUGAGCUGAAAGCCACGUUUCCCUACGGAAGUCCUUCUGAGCCUUACCACCCCAGCCCACCACUCGAUUCUCAGUACCACCCCCAAAUUAGUCAGGUCUCCAGCGGUAUGCAGAACAGAUUGGGUUAUAACGGUUAUCCGGUAACCCCUCCAAUAUCGGCAGGUGCUGAAGACGCAAAAUCAGACUCAUCCCAACUACAACCUCUGGGCAUCGUUCCUCCUCAUCCAGUCUCGACGCAGUCCAUGGACACACCACUAGUCGAUGAGAACAGCUGGGAUCCCACACGUAUUAUCAAUCAAUGGGAUAUGGCCUUUUCCAUGGCUCCCUCCACGAUAAAUUCGCCCCCCAUGGCGAUGAAUAACCCUGCACAGGGGUUACAGACGCCUGUUUCAACCCAGUACCCAAUUCAAUACGGGGCACCGACAAAGGUCACACCAGUUGCACCGGCGCAGCCGAUGCCGCAGUCCCAGGUCGGUGGACCAGUCGUGUUCACAGCACGUGAUUGGCAGCAAAGUGUCGCCAGUGUAUACGAUCCUAAUGGGCUGAAGCGUCGAUGGAACUCAAUGGAUCUUGAGGCGGAACACAACUCCAAACGUCAACGUUGA